UGUUCAGGCUGGGAUCGGUCCUCAUUAAUGCUUAUAAACCCAGGGCUGCAUAUUUAUCAUUAAUUCCAGUUAGCUCCGAUGCUAACAGAGCUGCUAGCUGCAGGAGCUAAGAUGGCCGACAGCGAUGACGAGUUCGACCGCAGGAGGCGGGACAAGUUCCGGAGGGAGCGCAGCGACAUGGAGCGGUCCAGAGAGCGGGAGGACAGGAGGAGAGACGACUGGGCGGACAGGGACUGGGAGCGCGGCAGAGAGAGGAGGCGGGACUACGAUCGGGGGCGGAGGGAGCGCUUCUCGCCGCCGCGCCACAUCAGCCCGCAGCACAAGCGCAUGAGGAGGGACUGGGACGAGCAGCGGCCCGACCCGUACCGCUACGAGCCGCCUUACCCGGGGGGCGGGGCUCCCUUCCAGGGGGCGGGGCCUCAGGCCUGGCAUCCUGACUUCCACCUUCACCCGCAUCCCGGACUGCACCCCCUGCAGGGCAGGUUGGGGAUGAUGGAUCCAGACCUGCCUCCCCCCGGCCCCCCCACCAUGAGGAGCUUCAAGGAGUUCCUGCUGAACAUGGAGGACAGCGUGGACGAGACGGAGGCCGUCAAACGCUACAACCAGUACAAACUGGACUUCCGGCGCCAGCAGCUGCAGGACUUCUUCCUCCAGCACAAGGAGCACGAGUGGUUCCGGUCCAAAUACCACCCCGAUGACAUCACGGCCAGGAAGGCGGAGUCUCUGAAGGCCCUGAAGACCCGGCUGGACGUCUUCCUCUUCCUGCUGGACAACAGCUGGCUGGACGGCGUCUCUCUGGACAUGCAGCACGAGGCGGCCAUCAUCAAGCUGCUGGAUGCCGCUGUCAUAAAGAUGGAGGGAGGGACGGACCUGGACCUGCAGGUCCUGGAGGCUCCAGCAGGGGGCGGCGUGGAAGCAGGCGGAGGAGAGAAGAGCCAGACGGAGCCGACUGACGGAACUACGGCCGCUCAGAGCGGGUCGGAACCGGCUGUGGGUCAGAACGAGGAGACGGGGAGCGCUGAGGGGAUGAAAGACGCUGAGAAGAACCACGGAGGCAGCAGGAGUCCAGAAGAGGAGAAAGACGAGGAGGAGGAGGAGAAGAAGGACGAAGAGGAGGAGAAAACGGUGAAGAAGGGCAGGAAGAGGAAACGGAGCCUGUCGGCGGACAGCGGCGAGGGCAGCGUCUCCGACUCUGACUCCUCCCACUCUGACGGAGAGAAGGAGGAAGAGGAGGAGGAAGGAGAUGAAGAGCGACAGAAGGAAGCUCCGCCCAAGCCCCGCCCACUGCACCUCACCACCUCCCUGUUCAUCAGAAGCCUCCCUCCAGACGUCUCCAAGGAGGAGAUCACAGCGUUGUGUCGCAGGUUCCCCGGCUUCCUGCGGGUGGCGCUGUCAGACCCUCAGCCAGAGAGAAGGUUCUUCAGGAGGUGCUGGGUGACGUUUGAUCGCAGCGUGAACAUCAAGGAGACCUGCUGGAACCUUCAGAACAUCCGGCUCAGGGACUGUGAGCUGGCGCCGGUGGUGAACCGGGACCUGAGCCGGCGGGUUCGGACCGUCAACGGGCUGACCCACCACAGGCCGGUGGUGAGGAACGACAUCCGGCUGUCGGCGCGGCUCAUCCACAGCCUGGACCAGAGGGGGGAGCUGUGGAGCCAGCAGGCGGAGACCAACCCGGUUCUAAAGAACAUCACAGACUACCUCAUCGAGGAGGUCAGCGCCGAGGAGGAGGAGCUAAUCGGAGCCUCGGGAGGAAACGCAGAGGAAAACCCCGCCUCCUCCGACGUUCCCGUGGAAACGGAUGAGAAGCUGCUGAAGGUCCUGGACCGCCUGCUGCUCUACCUGCGCCUCGUUCACUCCGUGGAUUACUACAACUUCUGCGAGUAUCCGGCCGAGGACGAGAUGCCGCACCGCUGCGGCCUGAUCCACGUACGAGGACCGCUGCCCGUGGCCAAGAUCACGCCCACUGAGGUGAACGAACACCUGAAGAUGUGUGAGGAGCGUCUGGCUCCUCUGUUCUCACCGUCUGAGACGCUCAGUGAAGAAGAAGCUGUUAGACUGGGGAAGAAGAACCCGGAACAAGAGGUGGAGAAGUUCCUGGCCUCCAACACCCAGGAGCUGAGCAAAGACAAGUGGCUGUGUCCUCUGAGUGGGAAGAAGUUCAAGGCUCCAGAGUUUGUCCGUAAACACAUCCUGAACAAACACGGGGAAAAGGUCACCGCCGUCAGACAGGAAGUGGAGUUUUUUAACAACUACCUGCUGGACGCCAAGAGACCCGCCCUCCCUGAGAACAAGCCCCUCCCACUACCGACACAAGCUGCUCCUCCUGGGAUGGCAGCGUUUCCUGGUCAGUCUCCACAGCAGCAAAGCCUUCUGGGAUAUCCUCCUGGAGUCAGGCCUCCGAUGCCGGGUUUCCCAGGUUUGGGACCCCACCUCCCCCCUGGCCAGUUUGGGGCGGGCCGCGGUCACUAUGACAACUUCAGAGGCGGAGGGUUUCCAGGGAAACAGAGGAGCAGCAGGGGCAUGAGAGGAGACCCCCGCUCCAUCAUCGAGUACCGGGACCUGGACGCCCCUGAUGACCUGGACUUCUUCUAGCUCCGCCUCCUUUUUUACUUUUUUAUUGUCAGCCCGUGUUAGCAGGACCAAGCAUCGCUGAUAGGGACCAAACUGAUGGUGAUCAGGACACUUUUCCAAUAAAGACCAGAACAGAACCAGGCCGACUC